AUAUACAUGAAUAUCGAAUAAAUGGAUAUGAAUUUAAAAAAAAAGUACUAGCUUGGAUUAACAUGUUUUUAACACGUUCAACUGGAAAUCCAAACUCACCAACUUUUAGUAAGGGGUUAUAUAGGCCUAAUGAUAUAACACCCUAUAUUCAUACUCUAGUUUACCAUAUCUCAGAAUUUCUGAAUAUACAUGAAACAUUUGGUAUAAAUGCUUUUUCCUGCUCACCUGUUGAAAAGAAGAACCACCAACACGUAUCAUAUUUUUUUCAAAAGACUUUUAAUGAUGGUGGAAAUAGCGAAAAAAGAAAAUCAGCUCUUGUUGAAAUAAUGGAAUAUGAGAAUAGAACACACUUUUUUUUUACACAUAAUGUACCUACUUUCUUUGAAAAAGAUACAAAUAUUAAUAUUC